AUGCCCGAAGCGCAUGGUACCGCCCCUGCACCUUUCCAGACGCCACUGCUCUCACACGAUCGAGUACAGCAACCACAGGUACGAGAAGUGUACAUCCUCAUCAUGGCAUCGUUUCUGACCUGGAUGACACUAGCUUUCACAACUAAAAUCCCCCCCUCUCCGCACGAUUCUUUGCCGUCACUACAAUCUCACAAUGCCUGUCAUGGGCUUGACAGCUGUGGUCAAUGGGCUACGACUCCGCAAAUCUUGGCCUGUACCACACUCCAUCCCCCCCAAAGCUCCACCAUCAACUUGGACUCAGACGACCGGCAUGAGAGAGGGUCAGAAGACCUUCUGACCAAUGGCGACGCCGAAGCCCCAAGGGUGGAGCCCUGCGUAACAAAGGAUAAUCCUAUGGCCGGAGAAGUCAAUGAAACUCAUGAUACAGUAGACGGAGGGAGCUUCGACUGUCAUUCUGUAUCGAGUGAGUCCGAGCUUUCGAGCGAUGUGUCUUAUGUGGAUUCGCCGGAUGGCUCAGUUGUGUCCCCAAGCAGCCCUCAUGGCGACAUGCUCCAGGAUUUGUUGGAGGAACGCAAGAGAAGGGUUGUUGAUGAAGUGAUGGAACAUUUCUUGGAGCUUUUCAAGGAGGGCCAAUACGACUAUCAGGCAAAUCCCGGUGAUGCUGGGGAAGAUUUCGGUGGAGCUCGUGAGUGCGAUACACGCAAUAAUGGGCCCUCUUUCGGUUCCACAUCUUCAUCGUCUCGAGGGAAACGAAAGGCCAAUGAUUCUAGCCCUCCAGGCGGGCAAGAGGAUGGUGAUGGAAGCAAAAAGCAGAAUCCUGAUCCUUCUGGAGACCCCAAGUCCCCAAGCCAAGUUGACAGUAACAGGAGGCUUGGUUGUCCUUACUACAAGAGGCAGGCCAUGCGAGGGGAGAUAAUAACCCCUAAAAGCACAUCGUGUGUGAUUCCGGGAUUCUCUACAAUUUAUCGUUUGAGACACCACAGGAGGUCGAUCCAUUGUCCCCGGUGUUACGUGGCGUUCGCUUCCGAACAGCAAUUAAAACCCCAUCUGACCGCCGAGGAGCAAUGUGAAGAACUACCAAACCCACCCCCAAUAGAGGGAUUUGACAAAGAACAAGAAGUGGAGCUCAGGACCAGGAGGCGAGAUAAGAGGAGCAUGACCGUGGAGCAAAAAUGGAGAGAUACCUACAGGAUCUUAUUCCCACAUGACUCCGAGUCAACUUAUCCGAAUCCCUAUUGCGAACAUGAGCAAGGAGGCGCACCGAGCACGCCAUACUCUGAGGAACUUGCACAACUUGAUGCGUAUGUUCGGCAAGAGCUACCACGGUUUGUCAGGGCAAAACUUGAGAGAACUGUCGAACUUGAUAAUGGACAUCUGCGGGAGUCUUUGAUAAGCCAACUUGUCGAUCUAGCAAGAGACUGCCAAGAGGAAGUCUCGGCGUCGUUCUGGCAAAGGGAAGCAACUCUAGCUCGAGCCAAUGGGGUCUAUUAUCAAGGCGGCCAUGAGCAACCGACACAAACUUCCAGCAUACCGACUACCGCUCUCGGAGGGCAUGGAGUAGUCUCUGAAGUUGUGCAGGCUCCCACGCCGAUUACGGAUGAAGGGGCCAGCAAUGUGCCGACGAUUGAGGAAACACGACUGUCGCGUAGCUCUGCCGACUCACCCACUUAA